UUGGUGAGAUCUGAUACAGCUGUAGGAACACCAGAUUACAUUUCUCCUGAAGUUCUUAAAUCUCAGGGAGGAGAAGGCCUGUAUGGCAGGGAAUGUGACUGGUGGUCUGUAGGUGUCUUUUUGUAUGAAAUGUUGGUCGGGGAUACUCCAUUCUACGCUGAUUCUUUGGUUGGAACUUAUGGAAAGAUUAUGGACCACAAGAAUUCUCUGCGUUAUCCUGAAGAUAUUGAAAUCACAAACGAUGCCAAAAUGCUUAUAAGUGCCUUUCUUAGUGAGAGGUCACAGAGAUUAGGAAGAAGUGGAAUUGAUGAAAUUAAAAGGCAUCGGUUCUUUCAAAAUGACCAGUGGACAUUUGACAACAUUCGAGAGUGUGUCCCACCAGUUGUUCCUGAACUUGCAAGUGAUGAUGACACCAGUAAUUUUGAUGAAAUAGAAAAAGAUGAAAGUCCAGAGGAAAGCUUUCCUCCAUCAAAUUCAUUUACUGGCAACAAUCUUCCUUUUGUAGGCUUCACUUAUUCAGGAGACUAUCAGCUAUUAUCAGGAAGAGGACGACAUAAUGGAACCAUUGAUGAGCCUGAUAAGUCUUUGUCACAAGAUAUACGAAACAAGCUGGAGAGCAUGGAGAAUCAAUUGUUUAAUUUACGUAAUCAAAAUGACGAACUUGAUCAAAAAUACAGGGUAACAUUGAACCAGUUGGAAAAGUUUGCUCAUCAAGAGAAAACUUUGUAUAAUAUACGUAAUGAAAAUAGAGAAUUAGAAAAAUACAAUGCUUUAUUAAGACAUGAUCUCAGAGAGUCUCAAAGAAAAUUAGAAAAUGAAAUUGAAAGCCGGAAGAAAGGAGAAUCUAAAGUACAAGAAUUACGAAUCAAGCUGGAACAAGAACAGGGGUUGCGGGCUCAACUCUCUUCUUCAUCACAGCAAGCAUCAGACAAAGUGGCUUCUUUUGAUAAGCAGAUAAGGGAACUCAAUGAGAUGCUGAAGAUUGAAACUGAAAACAGUAUGAAACUGAAGAAGACCAAUAAUGAGCUGUCAUUGACCAAUGCAGCCAAAGACCAGAACCUUCAGGAACUAAGUGAGAAACUGACAGCUUUACAAAACACAACAACUUCACAGGCAAGAGAAAUUCUUGAACUUCAGACCAAAGUUGAAAAAGAGAGAAGUUCAUGGUCCCAGGCCACAGACAGAUCCAAUGAUCUGGAAAGUCGUAGUCAAGUGUUACAGCUAGAAAUUGAAAGGCUACGAGAACGAGAAACCACAUCCACUGCAGAAAACCAGAAACUUAAUGACAAACUUAUAGAAAUGGAAAAGCAAAGAGCUAUGCUUGAGCUUGAGGUUAAGAAUCUUCAGAACAAAUAUGACCAAGAGGCUGCUGCCCACCAGGAAGACAUUGUUAAUUUCACGGCAGACAAAAAACGGCUUCUUUCCUCAACAGAAGGAGCAAACAUGGAAGCCUUGCAAUCCUUGAAAACCAAGAUGAAUGAAGAAAAAAUUCUACGUCAGAAGGCAGAAAAUGCAAGUCAAGAGAAGGAACGACAGAUAUCUAUGUUGUCUGUGGACUACCGUAGCUUACAGCAGCAGUUACAGAAAGUAGAAGGAGAGUGUAGACAGGAAUCAGAUAAGGUUAAGGCUCUAACUGUGCAGCUGGAAGAUGAGGCUCAGAAACGUAAUGCAAUGCAAGCUGAGAUGUCGGCUCAACUUACUGACCUAAAUCUCACUAAGAACCGGGAAAAUCAACAGAUUAAAGAGCUGGCUGAGCUACGGGAGGUUAAGAAAACUCUACAAGAAGAACUAAAAGAAACCAGAGUAGCCAGGAGUGCAGCCGACUUUCAGAUGAAAGAACUUCAAGAUCAACUUGAAGCUGAACAGUACUUCUCUACAUUGUAUAAGACUCAAGUCAAAGAAAAGAAAGAAGAUUUAGAAGAGAAAGAACGUGCUGUUCAGGAUCUUCAAGAAGAUAGGGACAGGCUGUUACACCAACUGGAACUAGCCAAUGUCCGAGCUGAAUCUGAAGCACUGGCUCGCACAAUUGCGGAGGAAACUAUCUCUGAUCUGGAGAAAGACAAGAUGAUGAAAGAAAUUGAAAUCAAGGAAAUGUUGACCAGGCAUCAGACUGAUCUUUCAAAUAAGGAUAUUAUAAUUUCUGCUACCAAAGACAAAGAGGUGGAGUACAGAACAAAUGUAGAACAAAUUUCAAGGGAACAUGAAGACCUUAACAACAAGCUUAAGAAUGCUCUAGAAGAGUUGAUGAACACACGUAACCAGUUUCAAGGUUCAGAUGGGAAACUUGACCAACUUCAGAGACAGCUAAAUACUGAAAAGAUGCUGAAACAACAGGCUGUUAACAAAUUGGCUGAAAUUGUGAACAGAAAGGACUUCUCAGGCAAAAUGAAGAACAAGGCCAAUGCAGCCGACCUUCGACGAAAAGAGAAAGAGUGUCGAAAAUUGCAGCAGGACCUUACUCUUGAAAGAGAGAAAUACAGCCAGAUGGUAACAAGAUUCCAGAAGGAGUUAGCUGAACUUCAAGCAACUCUCAUAGAAGAAACUCAAGUUAAGAACAAAUUGCAAAUGGAGUUAGAUUCCAAGGACUCGGAAAUAGAGCAACUCCAGCAGAAACUGACCGUGAUGAACAGUGAAACAGCAAGCAUCAACAAUGGGCCUGAUAAUGAAACAGAUGAUGGCAUUACUGGUUGGUUAUCGCUUCCAAGUAAGCAGAAUAUCCGCAGACAUGGCUGGAAGAAGCAGUUUGUUGUUGUUAGUAGCCGAAAAAUUUUGUUCUACAACAAUGAAGCUGAUAAGGCUAAUUCAGAUCCAGCUGUUGUACUAGACCUCAGUAAGCUGUUUCAUGUCAGAUCUGUUACUCAAGGUGAUGUGAUACGUGCUGAUGCCAAAGAUAUUCCCCGUAUAUUCCAGUUACUGUAUGCUGGAGAAGGGGAAAGCAGAAAACAGGGAGACAGUAGCCUUCCUCCAGAAGUACAACUUCCCAAAGAUUUGAUGCAGCCUGGAACGUUUGACCACAAAGGUCAUGAGUUUGUGCCUAUUAGCUUUCACAUGCCAACCACAUGUGAAGUAUGCCCACGACCAAUGUGGCACAUGUUUAAGCCUCCACCUGCACUAGAAUGUAGACGUUGUCGAGUCAAAGUUCACAAGGAUCAUCUUGACAAGAAAGAAGAAGUGAUAGCACCAUGUAAGGUAAACUAUGACCCUAACUCAGCUAAAGAAAUGUUACUGUUAGCAAAUACUGUAGAAGACCAACAAUUAUGGGUCUCUCGUUUACGGAAGAAAAUUGAAAAAUGUGGUUAUGCGGCCAAUCAGGAAACUCGAGCAUCUCCCAGGGCUUCUAUGAGGUCGGCUCAUAAAUACCAACCACAGAAAUCAUCUACCUUACCUCCUCUCAGCUCAUCAGGGUCAUUGAGAAAAUAAGAUCAAAGUUGAUACAUAAAAGAAAUUUUAAGUGUUUCCAGUUAUAUCAAUUAUUCAUAAAACAAGGAGAUUUAUAAAUAACCAGAUUGCUCUUUGAACAAAUGUGAUGCUUAUUUUCUGAGAAAAUGGUUAAAUUUUAUAUUUUAGUAUUUUAAUAGCAAUAAAGUAUUAGAUAUGUGACAAAGUUAAACAAAUUGAAAGAAGAGAAACAAACCUUUGAACUUAAGAAAGCCUUGCAUAUAAACUGCUAUUUUUGUACAGUAAUGGUUUCAAAGUAAUUUUAUUACAAAAAUAAUUUUCUUGAUAUUUUGCAUAGUUUUAGGAUUAUUCAAAAUUUCUUGUGAACUACCUGUUCAGAUGCAUUUCCUUCACAAUAUUUCAAGCUGUCUUUAAAAUGUCAUUAUGUUGAAGCAUAUUUUUAAGAGUACUUUCCAAGAAGGUGUUUGUAAACAGAUGUGAUUUGAAUGUUCCUGGUUAACUUAUAUUUCUAUUGGUUUGAAGAAAGCAGUGAAUAUUAAAUGAGUUUCAACAUCCUUUAGUAUAAUGCUACACAAUGUAAUUCUUUUUUCUGGUCAAGUCAACAAGUGAAUGUGAUAUUAAAAAGAGGUCUAUUAACA